CAGGAAAUAAGGGUUUUAAUAGCAAUGUAAUAUAGCGGAAAAGAAGUUUGUGCUAUUGUAUGUUUGUGGCUAGAAAUAUAAUAGCGUUUCUUUAAGUAAAAAGCUAUUAUAUCUGGAGCGGCAAAAUGAAAUUUGCAAGCGCGCAUGUUUUUGGGAUUUUGAUCUUUAGAUUAUAGCACUGAGAAAGAAUAAUCGUUAUGGUAUCCUCGACCGCUUAUUUUUUUAUUAAAACCCGCGAAUGAUAAAUUUUGUGGGAAAUAUAUCUUUGACCAAAGCAAAGAAUAUUUAGUACUUUUUCAUUAAAACAAAAGAAUAUCGUCUCUGCAUUUUCUCUCCCAAAGUGUUCUUCGUGAGACCCCUUCGGAAUCAUCGAUCUCUGUCUUCUUUGUCUUCAUCGAUCUCUGUCUUCUUUGUCUUCUUCGAUCUCAGGAACAAAUUAACAUGGGGCCGAAGACACGAGGAGGAAUGGUUAGAAGAAGCAGACGUUCCCAAGGUCUGGAAGCAGAAACAGAGUUCAUUGAGAUAACCAGAAAGAGUACGAAAAUGCGUAAGUUAAAUAAGGGAAAAGAAGUUGCUAUUGAAGAAGAAAACAUUGAGAUAAGGCAAGAAAGUGCUGACGAAGUCCCGACAAAGGUUUCUGAAGAUGUUAAUGAGGCGGAUGGUGAUGGUGAUGGUGAUGAUCCACAUGUGGAAAUUGAAGUUGAGAAUGUCAUUGCUGAAGAACAGUCUCAGUCUGAGAAUGGAGUUACUGAAGAACCUUCUCAGCCGAGAGAAGCUGACAUGGAAGCUGAAAAUGGAGUUACUCAAGAACCUUCUCAGCCGAGAGAAGCUGACAUGGAACCUGAGAAUGGAUUUACUCAAGAACCUUCUCAGUCGAGAGAAGCUGACAUGGAACCUGAGAAUGGAGUUACUCAAGAACCUUCUCAGCCGAGAGAAGCUUCCAAGGUAGUAAUCUUUUCGACAUUUUAA